AGGUUUCAGCCUAGAUAAAGGAACCCACGGAGCUUGGUCACAAUAAUCUCUGGCAGUGGAUCUCAACAGGACACGACACAACAGUCGCACCAGAACCCUGCCCUGGACGACGUCCUUACCACGUGACAGUGAUCUUGUCGAUGGAGUCGGAGAAACCAGAAGGCAAACGACUCGGAAUGAAGGGUCAAGGACACAGAGACACAGAGUCUGACCCCUCAGACGACCUUCACUUUAAAGUGAACGAGACGCCGCCUCCACUUCUGUGCCUGCUUCUGGCCCUGCAGCAAGUGAUCAUGACUAUACCGGGCUCGCUGUCCAUUCCCAUGCUUCUGGCGGAGCUGCUGUGUGCAGACGACAAGGCUCUGGUGAGAGCUCACCUGAUGGGCAUCACCUUCUUUAUGUGUGGACUGGCCACCCUCAUGCAGACUGUCCUGGGCAUCAGAUUACCCAUCAUUCAAGGCGGCUCCCACACUUUCAUUCCGCCAGUGAUCGCCAUGAUGGCUCUUGAGAGAUGGCAGUGUCCUACAGAUCCUGCGGAAUAUUCAGAGCAUCUGUGGAAAACCCGCAUGAGAGAGAUCCAAGGCAACCUGAUGCUGGCCUCGCUGGUUCAGGUCUUGCUGGGGUGCACGGGGCUCAUGGGGCUACUGCUGCGCUUCAUCGGCCCCCUCACCAUCGCCCCUACCAUCGCUCUCAUCGGCCUCUCCCUCACUAACGUCUUCGUCUUCUUUGCCAAAGUGCAGUGGGGCAUCGCCUCCUUGACCGUGGUUCUGGUGCUGGUCUUCUCCCUACUGCUGGGGCGGUAUCAUCAACCAUGCCUGUCCUGGUCACGUGACCGAGGAUUCCACGUCGGUCGGUUCCCAGUCGUGCAGCUUCUCUCGCCUCUGCUGGCGAUGGUCGUUUCGUGGCUGACGUCACACAUACUGACGGUGACGGAGGUUUUCCCGAACAACGUCAACAGCUCCUACUACAUGGCGCGCACUGACGUCAGACUGCACGUGCUGCGGGAGGCCCCCUGGAUAAGCUUUCCUUACCCGUUUCAGUUUGGACUCCCCACGGUCAGUGCUGCAGGAUUUUGGGGGAUGCUGGUGGCCACUAUGUCAUCAGUGGUGGAAUCCAUUGGUGACUACUAUGCCUCGGCCAGAAUUUGCCGGGUCCCGUUCCCCCCGCCCAGUGCCAUGAACCGCGCCGUGGCCAUGGAGGGUCUGGCCAGCGUCUUCAGCGGCAUGUUAGGUGCGGGCCAUGCGACAACAUCCUACAGCAACAACACAGGAGCCGUUGGCAUCACCAAAGUGGCCAGUCUGCGCGUGUUCCAGCUGGCCGGAGUCCUCCUCAUCGUGUGCGGCAUGUCCGGCAAAGUAGGCGCCGUGCUGACGCUGGUGCCAGACCCGGUGGUUGGAGGCGUUCUUGGCGUUAUCCUCGGUCUCGUCGCCUCCGUCGGCUUGUCCAUCGCCUUCUACGCCGACAUGAAAAGUUUGCGCAAUAUGACUGUGCUCGGCGUCUCCCUGUUUUUUGGGCUGGCUCUGCCGCAGUGGGUCUCCGACUAUCCGGACGCCAUAGAAACAGGUUCCAGCGACUUGAACCAAAUUCUUAAGGUCGUGCUGGGUACGCCCAUGUCCAUUGGCGGCAUCAUUGGUUGCAUCCUUGACAACAUCCUCCCAGGCACUCUGGAAGAACGUGGACUUGUCAAAUGGCUUCAAAUGCAAUCAGGUCCCAAAGAUUCCUGCUCAACCCGGAUCUACGACAUCCCAUACAUCACAGGCUUCCUCAGAAAAAUAAAAGUCUGCUCCUACCUGCCUGUGUCACCCACCUAUUCUGGUUUUGGCUGCACGCGCAGCCGCUUGAGAUCACGUGACGAAAACGGCGCUGACUCAAACGCAGUGAUCAAGAACGGAAAUGCCGCGUCUGCGACGAAGACGUUUGACAACCAUGAUGUAUGACGUCAGAUAAAGCAGUUAUGCUCUGCACAUUGGAACAACCUUUCUUCUGAAGAGCUCAUCACGGCAUGAGAUGCACCCUGAAACAGAAAAACUCCCUAAUCCUAACCCUCGUUCAAACUCUAACCCACAUUCUAAGCUUGUACUUAUAAUCUCUAACCAUAGAGGUUUGUUAAUCGUCAUGGUGUCAAGAGUUAUCCUAAAGUAAUCCUUAUUCUAACUCAAGCCCUAGAUUAACUUUGAACUUUGAACCUUAACUUUGAACCUAAUCCUAAUUCUAGCCCAUUUUCUAGAUUAUUGUAGGUGUUGUGAGCUGUCCUAAAGUAAUUCUAGCCUUUACCGAGCUCCAGCCCUAAAUUAAACCCCAACCCUAACCUAACAGAGUCAAACCCCAGUCCCAGGCUAUUUUUACAGCUUAUUAUAAAAGUGUCAUGGCGUAGUGAUCCCUCCCAAAGUCAAGCUAAGCCAGCGCCCUUAUGUUGAAAACAAUUUACGACAAUUUACAUUUGUAUGAUUUUUUUUUUUUUGAUUUUUUUUUUUUUUUUUGUCGUUUCUCUUGUUAAUAUCGAUAUACACACUUAUAUCUUUAUAUAGAAGUCCUAUCUUCACAUCGAUUUUUGUAUGUAUAAACUUCUCUCUUACACGCGCUCGUGAACAUACACACACAGAGAGAGAGCUUUAUCUAUGAUCCCAGAAUCUGGCAAGUGGAAAUGUCAACACAUGAUGUCAAGUAUAGUGACUGUGGACGGCCAUUUUAUCCAGGGGAGGCUACUGUAAUCACAGUCUGGGAGGGACGCGGCAGGUACCUCCCUUGGAAUUAAACACCUCAGUAAUUUUUAAACCCCUUUCAAUGACACUACAUUUUAUUAUAUUUUUGAGACUGAAAGCAUUUUACUGGUUUCUCUAUGUAAUCACCACGAAAUUAUUGUUUAAAAAGGCAAUAAAUUUUUAAUGAUCUUUCUCGUUGUUUUGCUUGAGUACAUCCAUAUGUUUAUAUCGACACCAGAAAAUUCACUUUUAUCGCGU